AUGGGGUUCCUCGGGGUAUACAAAGCGGUCUACGACUACCAGCCCCAAGGCGAAGGUGAAUUGGAACUUCGCGAAGGUGAUUUGCUUUACAUUCUUCAGAAAAGCGACGAAGACGAUUGGUGGAAAGCGAAGAAGAAGGCCGAACGGGAUGAUGAGGAUGAACCGGAGGGACUUGUACCGAAUAACUAUGUCGAGGAGGCUCCGGCCAUGAGCAAUGCAAAGGCAUUGUACGACUAUACACGUCAGACCGACGAAGAAGUCUCAUUCUCCGAGGAUGCGGAACUGAUGGUAUACGAUACUUCUGAUCCAGAUUGGACAUUAGUCGGGGUCAAUGGGGAUUUCGGCUUCGCCCCUGCAAACUACAUUGAGAUUCAGGAGGGCGCUACUCCCGUCGCUACCACCGCUACGCCUUCUCUCCCUUCUCCUGCUCCUGUCGAGCCGUCCGCUCCGGCCCUUCCGCAACGCCCGGUCGAGGUGCCGGCCGAGGAACCGGUCGCGCCCGCGUCUACUAGCUCUCCGAUUGACACAAUACAGAACCCAGCGGCAGCAGCAAUAGCAGAUAUCAUUCAUAAGCAGCAUGCAUCAUCCGUGGAGCCCGAACCCUCCAGGGAUAUCCCGCCGCCGCAGCCCCAGCGACCCUCUUAUCAACCAGAAGACAGCUAUCAGAGGGAACCCUCGCCGCCGCCUCCAGCGUUACCGCAGCGGCCUCCAUCGCAACAGCUCUCUCCUCCAGUGGAGCGGUACUCUCCGCCAGAACCCUCUCCUCCUCCACGCACUCAGUAUGCCGCGGUGAGGGAGCGGGAUAGCCAGGGCCACGUGCAGGAGUCUCCCCCAUAUAAUCGAAUCGGGCAGUCCACGCCUCGUUCCCCUUCUGGCUACCAUCUGUACAACAUCAAUGAAAUGGUUGAGGUUAUGGGCAAGAGGAAGAAGAUGCCAACGACAUUGGGAAUCAACAUCGCGACUGGAACCAUCUUUAUCUCACCAGAAGGGGACGGCGAUAUGCAAGAAUGGACUGCGGAUAGGCUCACCCAUUACUCUAUCGAAGGCAAGCAUGUCUUCCUCGACCUCGUCCGCCCCAGCAAAAGCAUUGAUUUUCAUGCUGGGGCCAAAGACACCGCUCGAGAGAUCGUUUCCGCGCUCGGUGAAAUUUCUGGAGCCUACCGUGCCGAGGGCCUGAAGGAAGUCAUUGCGGCUGGUGCAGGAGGCGGGGGCAAGAAGAAGGGUCAAAUACUGUAUGAUUUCAUGGCGCAAGGGGAUGACGAGGUUACUGUGGCUGCCGGCGAUGAGGUUGUCGUUCUGGACGACACCAAAUCUGAGGAAUGGUGGAUGGUGCGACGCAUGAAGAAUGGCAAAGAGGGCGUGGUACCAAGCAGCUACAUCGAGAUCACUGGCUUUGUUUCCAGUCAACCCACUGGCGUCGAGUCGGGCCUAUCAACGGUAGAAAGAAAUCGGCUCGAAGAGACGCGCCUGGCCAAGGAAGCGAUGCGGAAAUCGAGGACCGACUCGAUAGAUUCACGAACCUCUGAGGUAAGCUGCGCUGUUAAGCUACCCUAUCAAAAAAACAGUGCCUUGGUAAGAGAGGAUACUGAGAAUUUCAAGCAGCACAAAAAACGUGACAGCAAGAGCAACAACAAGCCGAAACCAGAUCCCGCCAAAACAAGACAGUGGACAGAUCGUACCAAGACUUUCACGGUCGAAGCGCAAUUUAUCGGCUUGCAAGAUGGGAAGAUCCACCUCCAUAAGACCAACGGAGUCAAGAUCGCUGUCCCCAUCCCCAAGAUGUCUGUUGAGGAUCUCGAAUACGUGGAAAAACUUACUGGCGUGUCUUUGGAUGAAGACAAGCCUCUGUCUGAUAUUCGCCGCCGAGCUCAAAAAUCCGAGCCGAAAUCCGAGGCUAGUCGCCCCGGUGCUUCAGUUGGGCCCGAGUACGAUUGGUUUGAUUUCUUCCUGAAAGCGGGAGUUGGACCUCAUCAAUGCGAGCGGUAUGCUCAGAACUUUAUCAAGGACUCCAUGGAUGAAGCGAUUCUACCGGACAUCACCUCUGAGACCCUGCGUACCCUUGGAUUGAAGGAGGGUGACAUUCUGCGGGUUAUGCGGCAUCUGGACAAUUUGUUCGGCAGAACUGGAUCCAAGUCCAAGCUGCGCAAUGUCAGCUUCGGCGGAGAAGAGGUCAUUAGCAAUGGGGAGGCUGGCUCUCCCGGCGGUCUUUUCUCCGGCCCAGGGGGUGUUUUACGCAACAACACCCGCAAGGGCAGGCCGGCACCCGCAGUCCAAGCUGGUGAUGUGGUCGAUCCGAAGGCCUUCGAGCAGAACGAGGACGCACCCAAACCUCAGGAGCGCACCGAAACACCACCCGCUUCUGCUGCAGUCGAGAAGCCGGUACAGCGUGGCUUUGAUGACGAUGCUUGGGAGGUGAAGCAACCUAAACACGGCGCGUCUUCGGCGCCACCUCCUUCAUCCCCACCUCCGGCCACAGCAACGGCCGCUACAACCCAAGCUCCAGUGCAAAAACAACUUACUGGAGCAAUGGCGGACCUAUCUCUACUGCAAGCACCUCUCCAGCCAACCCCUGCACAGCCGGCGCCCGCACCCACUCCUCAGGCCUCUCAAGCUCCGCCAGCGCCCCCUGCUAUCCAGCCACAGCCGACUGCAGUGCCUACGCCCCAGAUGCAGCCACAACAGACAGGUGCCACUCCUGGCUUUUUCAACCAAGUGGCACAAAUAGCACAGCAGCCUAUGCAGACGGGCGCCCAAACAUUUAGCCCUCAACAGACAGGAUUUCAGCAGGCAUCGAGGCAGCGUCCACAACCCCCUCAGAACAUGGCUCAGAGCUCACUCCUUCCGCCCCCUCCACAGAGACCGCUUUCCGCGCCACAGAACUUCCCUCAGCAGCCAAGUACUUUUGGUCCCCCUCCAUUGCAACCGCAGCUGACCGGUCUUCCUCAACCCGGCCCGCAGAUCGCCCCGCCUGGCCAGAGUAUGGCCGAAUUGAGUCAGCAACGUUUCAAUCCAUCGCUCCAACCGCAGCCGACCGGGUUCAUGCCGCAGAAUCAGUUUGCAGGCGGAUUGAUGCCACAGCCCACUGGGUUCCAGCCACAGUCACAAUUUGGCAUUCAGCAGCUACAGCAACAGCAGACUGGCUUCCAGGGUCUUGCACCGCAGCCGACAGGCUUCGGGGGCUUUCAACCCCAGCCACAGCAGCCAAUGCCGACAGGUAUUAACUCGAUUCUUCCUCCGGCUCUCCAACCCCAACCUACUGGCAUGAACGGUACGAGCAGUAUGCCUUAUACUGUAACCUCUCCGCCACCGAUACCCCCUAUUCCUCAACAGCCCACAGCUGCACCUUUGCAGCCACAGAAGACUGGACCAGCUCCUCCCGUACGAUUUGGGGUCAAGCAUGAUGCUCCCAAGAAGUUGGCUCCUCAGCCAACAGGUUUGCGGGCUAACCUUGCACAAGCUAUUGAAGCUUCCAUCCUCGCUCCAGGCUCUUCUACAGCUUUCCUAACAUUGUGCCCGUCGAGUAUAACAAUCUUCCUCUCAUAUCAGUUCGCCUCUGAUUCGGCUCACCUCGGAAUCCUAAGCUCCUCUCUCAAAGCACAACUCUCAACCACUUUGUCGCAGUAUCUGCGAAAGAACAACAUCACCACCGCCUCCAUUUCCCCCGCCACCACACACAUCGAGCCGGUCGUCCUCCCCCUCACCGACAUGGCCGUCCCCCGCGCAAUCCGUCAAGCCUUCCUGGCCAUCGAACAAGCCGAAGGGGCCGGCGCCCGCGUCCGCCGGUCCAUCGGCACCGCCAAACUCCGCAACUUUAGCCCCUUCCUCAUGCUGGACCACUUCACCAUCGGCCGCGGCGCAGGUUUCCCAGACCACCCACACCGCGGCCAGGAGACAAUCACCUACCUGCUCUCCGGCGGCGUCGACCACGAAGAUUUCGCGGGGAACAAGGGCACCAUCGGCCCCGGCGACCUGCAGUUCAUGACCGCCGGCCGCGGCAUCAUGCACGCCGAGAUGCCCCACGAGAAUCCCGACGGCAGCCCCAACGUCGGCAUGCAGCUGUGGGUCGAUCUGCCCAAGGAGCUGAAGAUGUGCGAGCCAAGGUACCGCGAUCUCCGCGCGAGCGAGAUCCCUGUCGCGGAGGUUGAUGGCGGCCGCGUCACUGUCAAGGUCAUCUCGGGCCAGUCGCAUGGUGUCGAUUCUGUGCGCGAUCUGGCAUACACGCCUGUCUGGCUGUUGGACGUGACGAUCCGGCCGGGCGGUCGGAUCUCCCAGCCGCUGCCGCAGGGUUGGAAUGCGUUUGCGUAUACGCUCUCCGGGACGACGGUCUUUGGCUCGAAUGACGCCACGCGGAUCGUCAAGGAGUUCCAUAAUGUGGUCUUUGACCGGGCGGGUGAUUAUGUCGAGGCGUCGGUCCCGGAUAAUGCCGAGUCAGAGUCUCGCUUCAUCCUUGUGGCGGGCCAGCCUCUGGAUCAGAAGGUCGUGCAGUACGGGCCUUUUGUUCUCACAAGCCAGGAGGAGGUCUACCAGGCCAUGCUCGACUACCAGACCGCGUCGAAUGGAUUCGAGCGAGUCCGUGGGUGGGAGAGUGAGAUCGGCAAAAGAAUGACCCGCUAG